GGCAACUGGCUAGGCCCUGAGGCAGUAUCUUGUAAGCUGGUAUGCUUCCUUGUUCAGUACAGCUCAGACAGCACUGCCUUACAUAAAGAUGUUUGACAGCACAGUGUCUUCCUGACUCACAACAAGGGAACACACACGGGAGCAACCUCUUUGACUCAGAACAGCAUGGCUGAGAUUUGAUCUCAAGUUACUGAAUUUACUGGACAAAUAAUUCCCUCAGCUUCUUCUUCAUAGGAGCAACGAGCCAGUAGGUAUUCUCCAUCCAUCCCUUUUUGUGACGUUGAAGUUUUGCCACUCUGUGACAGGGGACUGGUGGACAGCAGGAGGUGAAACCUGAGCUUUGAAUCGCCAGGUCCCUGUGGACUGAGGAAACCUACCUUGCAAUGGAAAGCAGCCCCUUGGAAGAGCACAGGCCUGGCCUCCUGCCAUGGUUUAUUGCAGCAACUCAGAUCCUUGGCCUAGCUGCCGUGGUCAUGACUGGUGUGUGGAUGGGUCACUACGAAGGGGGGUUUGCGUGGGAUGGAGGUUCACUCCAGUUCAAUGUGCACCCUCUCUGUAUGGUGGUUGGAAUGAUCUUCCUCUACGGAGACUCAAUCCUGGUGUACAGAGUGUUCAAACAUGAGAACAAAACGACCGUGAAGAUCCUACACACAGCCAUCCACCUGAUUGGAUUGGUAGCCACCAUUAUUGGUUUGGUUGCAGUGUUUCAGUACCACUCAGCACAGAAUAUACCCAACAUGUACAGUCUACACAGCUGGUGUGGCCUCAUAACGGUCAUUCUCUUCUGCACACAGUGGGUGCUGGGACUGGUGUUCUUCCUGUUUCCUGGUGUGGCCUACUCUUUCCGAGCCUCAUACCGGCCUCUACAUGUCUUCUUUGGCCUUGCACUCUUCAUUCUGGCUAUCGGGACCUGCCUGCUCGGGAUCACUGAGAAACUGCUCUUCUCCAUCAGUGACACCUACUCGAAAUUUGCACCAGCAGGAGUCAUGGCGAACGUGUUGGGCCUGGUGUUGGUCGGCUUCGGGUUAACGGUUGGUUAUGUCGUGACUCGCAGCGAGUGGAAGCGGGCAGCAAGCCCGGAGGAGGAAGCUCUCUCCAUGCAUUUCAAAACCCUGACUGAGAGGGACAGCCCUGAUUCAGCACAGGGAUCAUAAACGGUCAAAUCCAGCACCUACAAGUAGCAGCCUGGUCAUGCUGUGUGAGUGAGUGAGUGAGUGGAAAUAACACGUGCUUUCUUGAUGUCUCACUGUCUCCUUUUGAUCAAUAAAUCCCAUGAUGCUUAUUUUCCCUAAUAAUGCAAAGCUGUCUCAAAUCCCCAGUAAACUCUACGUGGGGGUGUAUCAGCAGUUAUCUCAUCCCAGAAAAGUAAGAAUUGAAAACUGGAUGAAUUAAAGGAUAGCAAUUAAGAUUUUACCUCAGGGAGCCACAGAUACCAGUCUGUUAGGUUGACCUUGUGUGGAAUGAGCUUGAAUAAGUUCAGCCCAAUUCCCAUUGGACCAUGGGAUCAUGGCAACCCUGGAGCAGCUGGAAGGCAGGUGAAGGAACCUCGAAUCAGUGCCGUCCUGAGCAAUCAGGAGUCUCUGUCCAGAUUGAUGCUAUGUCAUGGGGAAGGAUCAGUGUGGUGUGAGAUUUACACUGCCAAACCCGGCCUACCUCUUGUUGGCACAAGGUUCUCUGACAUCAUCACCCGUUAACUUCACAAGUGUCAAAUUAAAUCUUUGGUAUUAAGUAAUAGGUUAGACUAUGAAAAGGUUUGAAAUAAAUCGGUAGGAUUUAUUAUUAGCCCACUUCCAUUCUGUACCAGCUGCCAUAUAUAACACCCCAGUGUUGAGAGAGAAUUGGUUAUCUAUAACAUGAGGGUAACCAUUUCAGAGUGUUCUCAUCUCCACACUCCAGGGAAUCGAAAUCUGUACAAACUGCCUUUUAUUGAGUCUAAAAUGUAUACAAUUCACAUCAGUUUAGCAGCAAGGCAUCCUGUACUCACAUUAGGCAGACAUUCCUGUCUCUUUGUUACCCAGGACGUCAGUAUGCUAGAAAACUUCUUUUACUCUCAUCUCCCCUUCCUCCUGAAGAUUUAUUUCCACUCUUUCUUUUCCAAAAAUGCAAGACUGUGAAAUUUUUCUUCCUCCUUCCUCCUCUAAUUUCCAGCUUUGCAAAGUUCUGCCUCGAUGUCACGAACCUCUUCCUUUGUUUCACUAACUGCCUGAAACCAUUUCAUUUCCUAGUGCGGUCGCUCUGAACUGUACCAGCCUGAAUCCAGAUCGGGAUGUUGCCUGUUGCCUUUAAGGAGAGGGUCAGUUUUCCCUGUCAGGUACCUUGUGUAUUAAGAGAGCAUCAAAUCCCUCAGCCCGCUGCCAAUGAGCCUUCCCCCUGGGUACAGCCUUUAACCUGCCUUGUUCACUUCCAUCUCCAUCUCAAACAAGUACUAUUUUUGUAUUUGCUUUGAUGUGGAGAUGCUGGUGUUGGACUGGAGUGAUUUCUGACUUUAUAUUUGCUUGAUCAUUUUAUUCAACAAGGGAAAAUUUUCAGGCUAAUCCCAUCCUGCAGGAAAGAGGAAUCAAUUUAACUGCCCAAUAGAUGUGCAGCUCAGAGGUGCUCAGCAGCUAAAGUAACUCCAGAGUGUUGGAAAAUGCCCAUCCAGUGACUGUCAGAUACCUCUUGCUCACAUGACCUUUAUCAAAGAGACAUUGUUCAAUAAAUUCCUGCAAGCACUGAAGACUUCCCCAUAACUCAAGUAUUGUCGCUAAUUCUAGUUGGAGGUAUUCCUGGAGGGUUUGAGAGAACGUGACUUCCUGUCCCCAGCCACCAUGUCCUUACUGUCUUGGUUUUGCUUACAUGUCAAACUGAUCUUCUCUCCAUGAUCACUUGGAAAAGGAUCAGUAACUGAUGGAAUGAAAGCUGACUGCUAUUAAUUAGCUUUAUUAUACAUCCCCAGUACCAUGAUCUUUUCAGAGAGUUAAAAAGACCCUUUCUCACAAAACAAUUCCCUUCAUUUAUUUCUGGCUUAAACUGGAGAUUAAACUUUCAUUCCUGGAGAUCAGGACAACAACCAAGCAGCCAGUAUUUUGAGAAAUCUUGGAAGAUAUAUUUCUAUCCCAUCAUUGCUGUUGUCCACCUUGCGCUAGCCUCCCUCCGGGGUGAGGACAGGAGAUUCAGCCUUGGCUGUAAUGGUAAGGGAGAGUGGAACAGCCCGGUAUACACCUCCGACCGUCCUGAUCUACAGCACGACCAAUGGUCAGGGGGAGAAUGGAAAAUGGAAAAUGGGCAUGGACCAGGAAACCUCCCUGCUUGAGUAUGACUCUGGAACUUUCUGUAGCUCAAAUCUGCCUCAGCUGUUUG